CUGGGAGGCCGGCCCGGUGACCGGAGGCGGCGGGAGCGCCGGGGGCGCGCGAGGACGCCGAGGGCCUAGCGGGGCGGGGCGGCGGUGGGUCGCAGGCCGAUGACGCGCCGGGGCCGGCGGAGGAGCGGCCACUUCCUGGAGCCGCCGGCCGGGGCCGCUCGCUGCACUCAGCGCUGGAGCCGGGAGCCCGCGGCCGCCGCCAUGUCCCACCAGACCGGCAUCCAAGCAACUGAAGAUGUUAAAGAUAUCUUUGCCAGAGCAAGAAAUGGAAAAUACAGACUUCUGAAGAUAUCUAUUGAAAAUGAGAAACUUGUGAUUGGGUCGUGUAGGGAGCCUUCAGACUCCUGGGAUCAGGAUUAUGAUUCCUUUGUUUUACCCCUGUUGGAGGACAAACAACCAUGCUAUGUAUUAUUCAGGUUAGAUUCUCAGAAUGCCCAAGGAUAUGAAUGGAUAUUCAUUGCGUGGUCUCCUGAUCAUUCUCAUGUUCGUCAAAAAAUGUUGUAUGCAGCAACAAGAGCAACUCUGAAAAAGGAGUUUGGAGGUGGCCACAUUAAAGAUGAAGUGUUUGGAACAGUAAAGGAAGAUGUAUCAUUACAUGGGUAUAAAAAAUACUUGCUGUCACAGUCUUCUCCUGCCCCGCUGACUGCAGCUGAAGAAGAAUUACGACAGAUUAAAAUUAAUGAGGUACAGAGUGACGUGAGUGUGGACACUAAGCAUCAAACACUACAAGGAGUAGCAUUUCCUAUUUCUCGAGAAGCUUUUCAAGCUUUGGAAAAAUUGAAUAACAGACAGCUGAACUAUGUGCAAUUGGAAAUAGAUAUAAAAAAUGAAAUUAUAAUUUUGGCCAACACAAUAAAUACAGAACUAAAAGAUUUGCCAAAGAGGAUUCCCAAAGAUGCAGCACGUUAUCAUUUCUUUCUGUAUAAACAUUCCCAUGAAGGAGACUAUUUGGAGUCUAUAGUUUUUAUUUAUUCAAUGCCUGGAUACACAUGCAGUAUAAGAGAACGAAUGCUGUAUUCUAGCUGCAAGAGCCCUCUGCUAGAGAUUGUAGAAAGACAACUACAAAUGGAUGUCAUCAGAAAGAUCGAGAUAGACAAUGGGGAUGAGUUGACUGCAGACUUCCUUUAUGAAGAAGUACAUCCCAAGCAGCAUGCACAUAAACAAAGUUUUGCAAAACCAAAAGGCCCUUCAGGAAAAAGAGGAAUUCGAAGAAUAAUUAGGGGUCCAGCUGAAACUGAAGCUACUACUGAUUAAAAUUAUUAUAACACUAGUUUUUUAAAAGUCCAGCUUUUAGUACAGGAGAACUGAAAUCAUUCCAUGUUGAUAUAUAGUAGAGGGGAAAAUUGUACUUUUUGAAAAUUAGCACUUUUCACUUCUGUAUGUUUAUAAUAUUAAUGUUAAAGAAGACUUAUGAUUUCUGAGUUAAAUCUAGAAAAGAGUUCAAUAUAAUGAUGUUUAAUUUCAUCACAGUUUUCAUAGAGUGACUAUUCCACACUUUUCAUAUAAUUGUUAAAAUUUUAUACAGUUGGGCCAAUUCCAGAAAAGGCUAAUGUCUAAAAGUAAGAUGCAAGUCUUAUUACUGUUUGGUGAUACUUUUUUUUUUUUAAAGGGAGAAAGACCUUAAAAUAUUCAUUCCACUUAAUGAAUAUGUUAAGGACCAGGUUAGGUUAUUUUCUAAGCUGAAAACUUCAUGUGCCUAGGGAAAAGUGGAAAGUUGCUUGCUCUGAAGAGCAGUGCUCACUCAGACCAUGGGGUCAUAUCUGCAAUGUUUAGAAACAGUGCUUUAUUGCAGCAGUCUUUUCUAUUUGACUUUCUGGUUUUUUAAAUGGCUUUAAAAUUGCAGAAGAUCAGCUCACUCUGAAACCUUAAGGGUACUAGAUAUUUUCUAUACUGUAGGACUUCUGAUGAUGUUGAAAGACAUGUUUAAAUAACUUUAGUUAAAUUCUCAUUCUAGUGCUAUAAAAUCUUUUCUAUUUCAAAAGUAAGUCAUUUCAUUAUAUGUAGUGUGAGGCAAAAUAUUUAUGUUUAAUUGAAUAUCAAGUUAAUAUUCAAAAGGAAACAAAACUGAUGUCAACAAUAUUGAAAACAUUUUAAACAUCAUGAUUGAUUUCUCUAAAACCAUACACUAAUAGGCAAAUUGUGUUCUUUAUCAUUUUUGAGUGAAUGUUCAGAUUUAAUAAAAUUAUUUUAAAGUCCUAGUACUCAUCAGCCUAACACAGAUAAAUUGUUUCAAUUUAUAUUUAUUUCAAAAACAUUUAACUGUUUUCUAAAGCUUUACAUUUUUAGUUACAACCUCCAGAGAUUUUGAGCCUCAUUUUCUUCAAUACUUGAAAUAGAGGGAGCUAGAACACUUCAUUGUGUGUAAUCUGAUAAACCUGCUGCAAGAGCCAUAAUUUUGAGGACUUUUCUAAGUGAAUUGUGGGGAUCCAGGAUUUAGGAUUUCUUGAUCUAAACUUAAUGCUGCAUAAAGCAAAUAUCAGACAUCCACAUUUCAUAGUAUGAAGUAAAGUCAUUUUUACACUUUAUUAUCUAAGGUAAUAUAUGCACCUUUCAGAAAUCCAAUGUGUGUUCAACUAAAGCAUGUUAGAAUAAUUAUGAGUUGACAGAUUUUUUUUUUUCCUAGAAUUAAGAGUAUUUGUGUGGGGUUUUGUUUGUUUACAAAUAAUAUUUGCAUAUUUAAACAUGCAAAAUAAUUGACGGUAAUGUUGCACUUUUUCACAAAAGAGUUAAGUUUUUCGGUGGGUGCACACACACACAAACACAUGCACACUACUGCAUUGAGAAUCCUGGAACUGUGCUGACUAUAGACCAAGCUGCUGAAGCUCUUAUUUUCGGUCAGGAAGAAUGUUAACCUGUCAUAAUGGUAUAAAAUAAUUUAGUAGUGAAUGUUUUUCUAUACCAUCCCUGUGCAAUUACACUCUUAAACUCUAUUACACUACAUGAAAGUGGACAUUCCAGAAUAUAGAUGUGAUUAUAUAAUCUUAAACUAAUUAUUAAACCAAUGAUUGUUGAAAAUCAAUGAUGCAUUUGUUAUAGAGUAUAACUCAUCGUUUAUGUUUUAGGUGAUGUCAUCACAAUAGAAAGUGAAUAAAGUAUUCCCAGUAAAUUUAUAUAGCAGUGAAGAAUGCCUUCUGUGGACAUUUUAUAAGUGCGUUUUAUAUUGCAAUAAAAUUUUUCUCUUUAAA